UACACAUUGGUGGGUUUAGGGUUCAUGUAAGUUGAAACAUAUAAGGCCUCCCGCCGUCGUCUCCCCAUUCACUUAUCUUGCAAGUGCAGCUCUCAGAUCUUUACCUCGCCGCAAUCAUCUUCAAAGGGUUUGUAAUUUCAACCGGCCCCAAAAAAUGGCAGGAGAAGAAGAGGUUGCUGUUCCUAUUGCUGAGCCUGUUGCUGCUGCUGCAGCUCCAGGCGAACCCAUGGACCUUCUGACAGCACUGCAACUUGUGCUGAGGAAGUCAUUGGCUCAUGGUGGGCUCACUCGUGGACUCCAUGAAGGUGCAAAGGUCAUCGAGAAACAUGCCGCACAGCUUUGUGUUGUAGCUGAGGACUGUGACCAGGCUGAUUAUGUUAAGCUUGUUAAGGCUCUAUGCGCUGACCAUAACGUCAAACUAAUGUCAAUUCCUAGUGCGAAAACUCUUGGAGAAUGGGCUGGUCUUUGCAAGAUUGAUUCCGAAGGAAAGGCAAGAAAGGUGGUUGGUUGCUCAUGCGUUGUUGUGAAGGAUUUUGGCGAGGAAUCGGAAGGCCUUCACGUUGUUCAGGAGCACAUUAAGUCCCAUUAAAUUUGAAAAGAGUCUGCCUCAUGUUGAUUUGUGUUUGAUGUUCAUUAGGUCCCAAACUUGUAGAAGUGGAAUUGAGUAACUAUCCUUCUGAUUAUCAAAACAUUUGAUAUUUUUUCGGUCUUUUACCUCUGUUCUUAAAUGAUGAAAUUUUCCGUGUGGUUUUGUUA